AUGUUGCUGCUGCUGCUUUUGGUGCUGCUGCCCCUGGCAGCAGCAGCGAGUUGGCUGCUGCGGCGGCCGAGUCGGCUGACCAGACAAGCUGCAGCGCAGCAACAGCAACAGCAGCAGCAGAAGCAGCAGCAGCAGCGACAGCAAGAGGUGCUGCAGGACCAGCAGAAGGACACUCAGCAGCAUCCGCAUGACAAAGCGGUCUCCAGGAGCAGCAGCAGCAGCAGCAGCAACAGCAGCAAUGGCAAGGCUCGCAGGCGCCGCUCCGCAGCAGCAGCAGCAGCAGGCGAGGACGCAUGCUAUGGCAGCAGCAGAGGGGAGACAGACUCUUCACAGUCUGAAGAAGAGGAAGACUCUCUGCAGCAGCAAAACAGCUCAGCUGCAGCAUCUUCUGCUGCUGCUGCCCGUGCUGCUGCUGCCAGGGCGGCAGCAGCUGCAGCAGGUGCAGCAGUAAAAGCAGCAGCAAAUUUGGCUCCCUACACGCUGCAGCCGCAGUGCGAGGUUGCAGACACGGGUGAGCAAGCGCAGCAGCAGCAGAAGCAGCAGCAACAACAGCAGCAGCAAGACUGUGCUGCACACAACUCGCCCAGCAGCCCUGCUAGUGCAGCAGCACGUGUGGCGCACAGCCUCGCAGCAGCAGCAGAGGCAGCAACGGCAGCAGCAACAGCAGAAGUGGCUGCAGCAACUGCAGCAGCAGCAGCAGUGGCGGCAACGAAUGCAGACGAAGUUGCUGCUGAGGCAGAGGCCAUUGUUAUGGAAGCAGCAGCCACGCAGGGGGCUGCUGCUGCAGUCGCUGUUGCUGCUGAGUCUGCUGUUGCUGCUGACGCCGCCUUCGAUGCUGAAGCAGCAGCGGGACAAGCGGCAGCAACAGCAGCAGCAACAGCAGCAGCAGCAGCAGUAGCAGCAGGGGUGAAUUUUCCAGUUGCUGCACAGACUGUUGCUGCUGCUCAUGCUGCAGGACAAGCAGCAGCUGCUGCAUCUGUAGCAGCUGAAAGCAUCCAAGCGGCUGCUGAAGCAGCAGCAGCAACUGCAGCUGCUGCUGCACACGCAACUGCAGCAGCAGAUUCAGUUGUCUUUGUAGCUCGCGCAGCAGCAGAAGCACACAGCCCGACUGCUACUGCUGCUGCUGCCCUUUCGGAGGAUGCAGCAGCAGCAGCAGCUGACAGGGCAGCAGCUGACGCAGCAGCGGUUGACGCAGCAGCAGUUGACGCAGCAGCAGCUGACGCAGCAGCAUUAGACGCAGCAGCAGCUGACGCAGCAACAGCAACGCCCGCAGCAGCGGAGGAGCUCGCAGAUGCAGCAGCAGACGCAGCAACAGAUGCGACAGCAGCAACAGCCGCAGAAGCU